AAAUACGGCGAGGACAGUGCACGUGCUGACGGUUGAUUUUCUGGAUGCAAAAUAUUACGUAUACGUCGUGUGAGCCAUUCAUUGAGUGAGGCAACGGACAAAGACGAAGCAACAAAAACAACAAAAACAACAAAAGCAGAGGCAGCAGCAGAAUCAGAAUCAGAAGCAGCAGCAACGACACCAAAGGCGAGAGAAGCAAAAGCCGAAAAGAGAAUUAAGAAAGUUGAGGAGCGAGUAAGAGAGACUGCCAGCGGGCGGUCUAACGGUAACUUAACUUCAUUUGCGUCUGAAAACGCAGUUGAAAUAAACGACUUCACGACGCUGGCGGAUUUUCUAAAAAAUAUCCAAUCCCUGUGGCUAACGAGCUGGCUCAGCUCCGGCAGCGGGAGGAGGAGCAAGAGGAGCAGCGGUGGCGAGGAUAAACGCUCCGUCAACGUUUACACGCUCCAGCAGCCGCAUAAAUUUCCGCUUCAAUUGGACGUGUACAGCGGUGGUAAUUGUAGCUUUGAUUGCCACCACCAACAGCAGCACCAAAGGCAGCGAGAGCUGGACAGCAUUCAUCAUCCUUCACAGAAAUCAACACUUUCCGCCUCCUCUGCCCAGAAAUCGCUGACCAGACGCCAGCUGUCGCAGAGUUGUGAAGGCGUAGCAGCAGCACCAGCAGCAGCAGCAGAAACCAAAUUUAUUGAAAGUUCAAUGUCCCAAACCAUGGACGACAUGGUCUAUCAGUGCAGCAAUCAGAACUCCAUUUAUGUGCUUAAUGCCAGCUAUAAUGCAUAUGGGGACUUGGGCACAUAUGCGGCAACAAAGCGUGAAAUAAAUGGCAGCCAGAGCCGAGCAGCGGCAGGAGCGGCAGGAGCGGCAGCGAAUCCAAUUGAGGCCACUUGCUCCACGAGUGCUGCGGGUGUGGGUGUGCAGCAUAGAUUCAAAAGUUUUGGCAGUGCCACAACGGGAGCCAUGGGAACGGGUACGAGAGCAGGAACUGUAGGAGGAUGCGCUUCAAACUACGUAAAUCCUGUCGCUACAUCAAUGUCAACCACAAUGUGUUCACCGGCAGCGACGGCCCUGCAAAAACUGUUCAAUUGCAGCGUCGGCAAUGCCUGCCAAAAUGUCACUCACACUCACAGCAGCAUCCACAGCAGCAGCAACAACAACAACAGCCAAAACAACAACAACAACACUCUCCACGGGAGCGGCCAUAACAAUGGCGGCUGCCUGUCAGCGACCGUAGGAAGCCUGUGCGAAUCAUCACUGGAGAGCACAGGGGGAGCGGGAGCGGGAGCGGUAGCAAAUGCUAGUGGUGGUGUAUGCCCCCCAGCAGGUGCUCCACCCACAGCCACACAGCCGCUGCUGGCCAAGAAGAAAUGCACCAAUGUCAAAUCAACGCUUAUUGCCAAGAAGACAAAGUUUCUGAAAUUUCUCGAAGAAGAAAAAUGGCGAAGCGCCGCAGUAGCAGCAGCAGCCUCAUCCUCAGCAACGGAUGAUGAAGAAAGGGCAGACAUCAGCAAUGAGGCGGAGCCCAGCUCAGCGGCCACGUCGACAACAUCAUCAUUUGUGGGCCACUCAGGCGUGCAAGGGCGGAACAACAAUGGCAGGCACUUGAAAAAUCAGAGCAACAGUCAGGAAGCUGGACCCCAAACCAGAGCUGGAGGCGGUGGAGGUGGAACUGGGACUGUGACCGGAGCAGAAGCUGGAGCUGGGCAGCAGCCGCAGCCCCGCCAGCAGAAUAAAUUGAACAAUUGGAGCAUGCAUAAUGAGGACAACAACAAACUGACCAACUACCCGCAGCAGGAGGAGCAACAAAAGCAGCAGCAACAUCAUCAGAGUUUUAUGAAGGAGCAAACAAAAUCAAGCUACGAACUGUACCAGGAGGCAGCCGACAUUUUGGGCCUGAGUUGCAGCCUCUGUGAUAACUGCCGCUGCCUGGACUGCCAAAGCGGCUACUUUGAUUGCGAUGACGACGACGAGAGCUACUCGGAACAGUCGCUGAUGGACGAUGAGUACGAUGACUACGACUACAGCGCGGAGGAGCUGCAGAUGCUGUUGACCAGGGAGCAUCAAUUGCGACAGCAGCCCGAACAGACAUUGUGCUAUGCAGUGGACUGCCAGCAGAACUGCCACCUGCCCCAGGUUGAAGUCCAAGGCCCGCCAGCAGUAGCAGGCCAGAGGGAGGGGGAUUGUGCUGCUACUGGGAGUCAGUCCCCCCUGGAGCCAGAGCCCGAGCCAGAGUUUGUCGGGGUCUCCGGACACCAUCGUGUGGCCAUCGAUUUUGAUUUAAUUAACGCCACUUGCAGCCAAGUGUUGCAAAAUUGUGAAACAUUCAACGAUUUGAGUUUGCUGGAUGCUGGCACCGGCACCGAGCGUCCGUUUACGUAAAUACAGGAAACGCAAUCGAAAUCGAACGCCACAGCUAAUUAAAUGUUGGGAAAUGGACAAAAACCUUUCAUUUCUACUGACACCUUUUACAGUAGCUGCCAAUUGCAUGCGCAUGGACAUGCACACACACACACACUCCUCGGGGUGUUUGCAUUUCAUUUAAUUUCUUAUUUUGAUUUCAAUUAAGUUCCGACACGCCAAAUGGGUAAAAAGAAUAUAAAAAAGUGAAUGGAAUAAAUGAUUUGCUUAACAAAAAGGCUCUCAAACUAUAUAAAUAUUUAUUUUAGAUAUAUAGAUGUUGAAAUCUAAUAUAUAUUUGUUGGUUUUUUAUGCAAACACCACCCAUGUGCGUGAUGAUAAUUCUCAUUAUGAUACGAAAACUAAAUAAAUGUAUAGCAAACCGGAGAAAUUUAAUUGCAGUAAAUUACUAACAGUGGAAAUCGGAAACAUUUUGGUUAUUAUCAGUGAAUAAAAUAUAUAUAUUAUAUAUACCCAUAUGUAAUCCCAUCAAUUGUGCCAAUUUCAAUAUAAUGGGAGAAUGCGUUGCAAAAUGAUAGAAACAAAAAAAAACAACAUAUAAACAAAAACGUUUUGCUAAUGCAAUGAAAUAUAUAUCUAUGUAUGUAUGUAUGUAUGUAUAUGCAUAUUAAUACGCAGAAACUUGAUGUUGGUAGUCUUUAAGUAUUUAAGAAUUUUCGUGUGAUGCUUUGUAUUAUUCGUUCAAUUGAUUUCAAAUCAAAAGAAACCCAUUCGAAAUAUAUAUG